GGUAAAUGUCAUUAAUUGUCAAUAUUCUUAAAAAUCACAUUUCUGUUGGGUGGCUGCAGCUCGCAAGAAAAUUGCAUACGGUUUGAUUAAAAGGUAAAAUUGUGCAAUUACUGUGGUAUAAAAAUCUUGAGAAAAUACCUUUUUACAUUUGAAUAUCAUGCAUAGAGCGAGACAAGUUAUUAAAGGGGUCACUGGUCCCAAAGGACAGGCAUUUGCAGGAUGGUUAUUAUCAAAAAAUGUUGCCCCCAUAUCUGUAGCUAGUAGGACAUACAAUGUACCUGCAGCGGCAGAAUCAUUCUUAAAUGGAAGCUCAGCCACAUAUGUUGAGGAUAUGUACAAUGCUUGGCUUGUAGACCCUUCAAGUGUACAUGCAUCAUGGGACUCAUUUUUCCGAAACUCAGCAUCUGGAGGUGUUGGCUACCAAGCUCCCCCAUCCUUGGCCCCUUUGGGCAAAAACGAAGUACCUGCACUGUCUUUCCUACCAUCUAUAGCUGGAGCAGCAGGAGCACCAGUCAGUGAAAAAGUUAUUGAUGACCAUCUCGCCGUACAGGCUAUCAUUAGAAGUUACCAGAUACGUGGCCAUCAUAUAGCCAAAUUGGACCCGUUGGGCAUAAACAGUGCAGAUUUGGACGAUAGAACACCGCAGGAACUACUUUACACACACUAUAGUUUCGACCAUCCAUCUCAGACCUAUUCUGAAGAACUCAGGAGACAAGUCCAUGAAUUUAUGAAGAAUGAAGCCGAUAUGGACCGUGUGUUCAAAUUACCAUCUACGACUUUCAUUGGUGGCAAAGAGAAACAACUGCCCCUGAGAGAAAUUUUGCGUCGUCUAGAAUUGGCCUAUUGCAGGCACAUAGGCGUUGAAUUUAUGUUUAUCAAUAGUUUGGAACAGUGUAAUUGGAUUAGACAAAGGCUGGAAAGUCCUGGAUGUAUGGAAAUUAGUGCAGAUGAUAAACGCUUAAUAUUGGCCCGAUUGACUAGAGCUACAGGUUUCGAAUCUUUCUUGGCUCGUAAAUGGUCAUCCGAAAAGAGAUUUGGUUUGGAAGGUUGUGAAAUACUCAUUCCAGCCAUGAAGAAUAUCAUUGACAAAUCCACCGAGUUCGGAGUUGAGAGUAUAGUUAUGGGAAUGCCACACAGAGGUCGUCUUAACGUUCUCGCGAAUGUAUGCCGCAAGCCUCUACCUCAACUGUUCACGCAGUUCGCCGGUCUAGAAGCCGAAGAUGACGGAUCUGGUGAUGUCAAGUACCAUUUGGGAACAUACAUCGAAAGAUUGAACAGAGUAACGAACAAAAAUAUCCGCCUUGCUGUCUGCGCCAAUCCAUCUCACUUGGAAGCCGUGGAUCCCGUUGUGCAAGGUAAAACGAAAGCCGAACAAUUUUACAGGGGAGACGGAGAAGGUAAAAAGGUUAUGUCCAUACUUCUUCAUGGAGAUGCCGCUUUCUGUGGACAAGGCGUCGUUUUCGAAACGAUGCACUUGUCUGAUUUGCCAGCUUAUACCACACAUGGAACCAUCCACAUCGUUGUGAACAAUCAGAUCGGUUUCACCACCGAUCCAAGGCACUCUAGAUCUUCUCCAUACUGCACAGAUGUCGCCCGCGUGGUCAACGCCCCCAUCUUCCACGUCAACUCCGACGACCCGGAGAGCGUGAUGCACAUCUGCAAGAUCGCUGCCGAAUGGAGGGCCACCUUCCACAAGGACGUUGUCAUCGACCUUGUGUGCUACCGUAGAAACGGCCACAACGAAAUCGACGAGCCCAUGUUCACGCAGCCUCUCAUGUACCGCAAGAUCAGAAACACCAAGCCCGUUUUGGAGAAGUACUCUGAACAGCUGAUCGCCGAAGGCGUGGUCAAUGCCGACGAGGUGAAAGACGUCAAGGCCAAAUACGAGAAGAUCUGCGAAGACGCCCUCGAGCAAGCGAGGAAGGAGACUCACAUCAAGUACAAGGAUUGGUUGGACAGUCCCUGGUCUGGUUUCUUUGAAGGCAAGGACCCAUUGAAGGUUGGACCUACAGGCGUCAACGAAGACACCUUGAUCCACAUCGGAAAGAGGUUCUCUUCACCACCUCCAAACGCUGCCGAAUUUGUUAUCCACAAAGGUAUUGAGCGUAUUCUUAAAUCGAGACUGCAGAUGGUUGAAGAGCGCACCACCGAUUGGGCUCUUGGAGAAGCCAUGGCUUUCGGAUCUCUGUUGAAGGAAGGAAUUCAUGUUCGUCUUUCUGGUCAAGAUGUCGAGAGAGGCACUUUCUCCCAUCGUCAUCACGUCUUGCAUCAUCAAGCUGUGGACAAAGCCACCUACAAACCACUAUGCAACUUGUAUCCAGAUCAGGCGCCGUACACAGUGUGCAACAGUUCCCUUUCUGAGUUUGGCGUUCUGGGUUUCGAACUGGGUUACUCUAUGACCAACCCAAAUGCCCUGGUAAUUUGGGAGGCUCAAUUUGGAGAUUUCUGCAACACAGCUCAGUGUAUCAUCGAUCAGUUCAUCUCUUCCGGUCAAGCCAAAUGGGUGAGACAGAGUGGACUGGUCAUGCUUUUGCCCCACGGUUACGAAGGUAUGGGCCCCGAACACUCUAGCUGUCGCCCAGAACGUUUCCUUCAGAUGUGCUCAGACGACCCCGACUACAUGCCACCGGAAAGUGACGAGUUCGCCGUCCGCCAACUUCACGACAUCAACUGGAUCGUGGCCAACUGCACCACCCCAGCCAACUUGUUCCAUAUCCUCAGGAGGCAGAUCGCUCUGCCCUUCCGUAAACCUCUCAUUCUCCUGACUCCCAAGAGUCUGUUGAGACAUCCAGAGGCCAAGAGCAGUUUCGACGACAUGGUCGACGGCACCGAGUUCAAGAGGAUCAUCCCUGACGAAAGCGUCGGUAGCCAGGCCAAAAAAUUGGUCUUCUGCACCGGCAGGGUCUACUACGAUUUGAAGAAGAAGAGGGAAGAAAAGGAUCUGGCUAACGACAUCGCUUUGAUCAGGGUUGAACAGAUUUCUCCCUUCCCAUUCGAUCUGAUCAAGAAAGAAUGCGAUAAAUAUCCCAAUGCUGAGAUAGCCUGGGCACAAGAAGAACACAAAAACCAAGGAUAUUGGACCUAUGUUCAGCCAAGGUUUGAAACUAUAUUCAAUGGACAACGUGAACUUCGUAGUACGGAAUCUAAAAGUUGGCUCUCUAGUAUGUUUGGGCGAAGUAAGCCAAAAGAAGCACCAAUAAAAAAGGAACGACAAAGAGAGAUUAGCUAUGUUGGCAGACCUACUGCUCCAAGCACUGCAACUGGUAGCAAAGCCCAACAUCUGAAGGAACUGUCGAGUCUACUAGAAGGAGCAAUGGAGUUGCAUUAAAUUUUUGAACAAUUGUUUUGAUCGAUGACUUCACUAGGUACUAGAAUAAUCACUACUCUCUCUGUCCUUGAGAAUAUUAAAAUUUUAAGUAGGACAUGAUUAUUUUAGUUAUUUUUGUUCAAUCUGCACCAAAAGUAAGAUUAAUAUGAUGUAAGUAUGUAUAUAGCACUGUUGUUUUGUGUAUUAUAUUUUGAUUGUUACUCAGCCCGAAUUGUUGAGGUAAAGGGCUGUCAAAGCUUCAAGUAUGAUUGUAAGUGCUAAAAGUAUUGUAAUACUUAAUCUCCUGUGAGAACUGGUCAGGUGAACUUGAAAGUAUUUUUCAUUUGUUAUUUAUUUAUUAAAAGUAUGUAUGACUAUGGCUGAUGAAUAAAUUUUACUCAUAUACUUA